AUGCGCAGGAAAGCUGCGGCUGACCGCGCCGAGAAGACCGCGAACCUGCGACCAAGCAGCACAAGGGCGGCCGGCGCUGGCGGCAGCUCAAGCACUAUGCUGAGGCUAUACACCGAUGAGUCCCCCGGUCUGAAGGUCGACCCCGUCGUAGUCAUGACCCUGUCCGUUGUCUUCAUCUUCAGCGUUGUCGCUCUUCACGUCAUCGCCAAGGUUAUGCGUCGAUUCUCCGCAUAA